AUAGGAUCAAUUGCCGGAGUAACAGUUUAUCUGAUCACCAAGAAGAGGUACAAUUUACCGCCUGGGCCCCGAGGAUUGCCGUUGCUUGGGAACCUCCUAGAGUUCCGGAACGCAAGUAUCUACGAGAAGUUGACGGAGUGGAGGGCUAAGUAUGGUCCAGUUGUGAAGUUUAAUAUCGGACACAUUACAAUUGUGGGACUGAACCGCAUAGACGUCGUCAUGGAGGCCAUGGUUAAAAGACAGGCAGACUUUGCUGGGCGGAUUCAGAUGUAUUCCAGUAAAUAUGAGAAGAUUAAUUUCACCACCAUUUCAUCCACAGCGAUAGCACCAGACACGAUUUUGUUCAUUUUGAAAUAUAAGCAAACUAUCGCAAAUAAACUAAAUGUACUCACGCUUGCACAUAUACGAUGUUUCUCCGUAGCACUACUCCUCAGUGAUGGAGGGAGGAAUAUCGUCUUAGGCGACUACAGUCCUACAUGGAAACUGCACAGAAAGUUGGCAACAAAAGCACUGAGACACUACAUGACGGGAAACCACCUCGACGAGGGAAUAGCGCGCUCACUGACCAAAGGCAUCGCGAAGAUAAAGGAGAUGAAGGGGCCCUUCAAUCCUCAUGACGUCGUCUCCCUCAUCGUGUUCAACAUCAUCAACAACAUCUGCUUUAAUUUCACAUGUGAGAUUAGAGACAACUACUUCAAAGACAUGCUGCACAUUUUGAAUACGUUUCUGGACGACUUCGGCAACGGCUUUCUUGAGGACAUAAUUCCACCUCUCCGUCUCUUCCCUACCAAGAAGGUUACAACUAUAAUGAAAGAAAUUCAUAAGUUCUUUGGCUUAUUGGCUGAAGAAAUUGACAAACAUCGACAGACCAUACGUAAAGAUGACAUCCGUGAUUUCUGUGAUGCCCUAUUGGUGACUCAAGAAGAAGCCUAUCAGGAGGAGGACCCGGAUGUGAUGUCACAAAUGAGCGACCGACAUAUCACACAAACUCUUAGCAACAUAUUUGGUGCGGGGAUGGACACCUCUCGCUUCACCCUGCUGUGGACGCUACUGACCCUGGCUCAGCAUCCAGACAUUCAAGACAAGCUUCACACUGAGGUCGACCACGUUCUGGGCGGACGUGAAUUCCCCAGCGUAUCAGACAGGAGUAAUCUGCCUUACACUGAGGCUGUGCUGCACGAGAGUAUGAGGUUGCAUUCUGUGGUACCAAGUGGAAUUCCCCACAAAACACUGUGUGAUACCAAAGUCGGUGGUUAUGACAUUCCAAAAGGAACUCCCGUGAUCAUCAACCACUACGCGCUGCAUCAUGAUCCAGAGCAAUGGGGUGACCCGCAUACAUUCAAUCCAGAUCGGUUCCUUGACCAGAAUGGCAAGAUGGCUGCCAAACCAGAGAGCUGGCUUCCGUUCUCCGCGGGGAGAAGAGUGUGUCUCGGAGAGAGCGUGGCCAAGCAAGAACUGCAUCUUCUGCUGGCUGGAAUCAUGAGGCAUUUCAAAGUGUCCCUCCCACUUGGAGCUAAGGUGAACACAGAACCACGUGGAGGAUCUUUGGCAAACAUACCUCAGGAUUAUGAACUCACCUUUGAAUCGAAAGUAUAG